CUUUCAAACACAUUGCACACACACACAACUAUGGCACCAGCAGCAGGAGACAACACGAAGACAGAAGCGUCUGCACCAGGAUCAACGGCAGGACCUGUUGGCGGACAUCUCACCAAGAAGCAACGCAAAGAACAAUUCGAGGUUCUCGGCACAUUACAAACACAACUCGAUGUCUCCGUCUCCCUUGCUCGGAACACCGUCGCCUCUUGGCUGAACGCAGACGCCUUCUCAGACGACGAAGGUGACAACGCCAAAAACAGCUCCGGAUUCGCAGCCGCCACAGUCAUACAGCCACGACAGCCAGGAUUGGGACUAGGCGCCAAGUUCAUCUCUCAUAAGGAUCAGAUGCGCCAUGUACCCAUGAAUGCCUUUGAGUCCAAACUCAAGCGACAAUUGACUGGAGGAAUCGUACAAUCAGAGAUCCAGCGUGCAGAGGCAGCAGAGACGAACGCUCUGCCGGACAAAUACCAGGAGCACAAGAUGAUGAUGGCCGCUAGGCGGAAAGAGCUGCUGGAGCAAGCUGAGGAUGAAGAAGAUAGUCGGACGCGGAAUAUUGGCAGCAUUAACAGCAGUAGCGGUGGUGGCAUUGGCGUAAGUCAUGCGCAUACGAAAGCUAUUGCCGCGUCUUUAGGAUCUGGAUCUGGAUUUGGGUUGGCAGCGAAAUCUGCAGUGAAGACCGAGUCGGUAGCAGGCCCGCAGGCCUUACAAAAAAUGAAGAAGAAGGAUCAGGAGAUAAAGUACAAGGCGGCAGUUCAUCCUGCAGUCUUGAAAGCGGCGCCUUCAGAACAGCAUCAGGUCGGCGAGUCAUCAUCAUCAUUAGGGUCAACGACGUCCAAGGCAGUAUCGACGAGCGGAAAGAAGCGGCCAGGGGAUUUCUUUUCCAUGUACAUGGAUGAGAGGGCGAGUAAGAUGGCCAAGAAGAAAAAGAAGAUUCAGGCAAAGGCAGACUCGGAUGAUGACUGAAUAAAGAGUCCGAU